UCCAUCGUCUCUCGUUGGUGUUGCUUCUCACACCACCACUUCUAUACUGUCCUCAGUAUUGCCUUUUGCUACCUCUUAGUGCCUGAAACCGAUGCCACCGUACACUGCCAGACAAAUCAUAGGUAUUUCUAGUCUAGCUUUAGCAGGUUUUGGAGGCGCAUACCUUUGGCAACAACGCCAACAACAUAGGAACUAUUUUCAGUCACAGUCAUCCCCGGCUGCUCCCAAAUCAUCAAUCCCGAAGACAGCCGGCAACAUGGCUUCCAUCACAACCCCCUUUAAGACUCUCUUCGCCGUGCCCAUGCACUGCGAAAGCUGCGUGAACGACGUUUCCGGUGCACUCUACAAGCUCCCCGGAAUCAACAAAGUGGAGGCCAACCUGAAGGACCAGCUGCUCACGAUAGAAGGCACGGCCGCGCCUUCCGCCAUCGUCAACGCCAUCCAGUCCACGGGCCGUGACGCCAUCCUGCGCGGUUCCGGCGACUCUCAAGGCGCGGCCGUCAGCAUCCUCGAGACUUACCACAAGCCCACCCUAGACAAGAUUACGCCCGCCCCGGGAGCCUCGGAUCGCAUGGUCCGCGGCCUGGCGCGCAUGGUGCAGGUGAACAACUCGACCACGCUCGUCGACCUCACGCUGCGCGGCAUCGCGCCGGGUACUUACCGCGCCACGAUCCGCGAGUUCGGCGAUCUUGCGCGAGGUGUUGAGUCGGCCGGCCCGGUGUGGUCCGGCACUGCUACGCUGACGGCCGACACCAAGGCGCAGAUCUCUGGAGACCCUAACGCCCCGCGCGGCGUGAUGGGAACGGUGGAGAUCAACAAGGACGGACGCGGGAGCGUGUUCCUCAGCCACCCGUUCCAGAUCUGGGAGGUGAUUGGGCACGCGUUUGCUGUCGCGCCGGUGUCGGUGGAUGAGAGCGCGGGAAGUACGUUGGAGAACGACGAAAAUACGGUGGUGGGCGUGAUUGCGAGGAGCGCGGGCGUGUGGGAUAACGACAAGACGGUGUGCUCGUGCACGGGGAAGACGCUGUGGGAGGAGAGGAAGGAUGAGGUUGAGAAGGGGAUGCUGUGAUUACCAUGCGAGAUGUGUAUGGUGUAAUGAGGUCACUUUGCUAAAUGUACAAUAUGGGCAAUGGGUGGGUGGUCGACAAGAGGCGGACCUGUGUAAAUAUUGGGAUUAUGCAUAACGGUUCAGAAAGACCAAGUCAACA